AACAGCGUGUUCCCUGCAGCAACAUUCAACUUAGGUCCUACCGUGGUGACUUUGAAUCACACGGAUAACCUGAAUUUCGCCAGCGGCAUGUGUAGCAUCACCGCUCUAGGCAACUAUGACCCUACCAAGAGUGGACACUUGAUUCUGUCUGACCUAGGGCUCAUUGUCCAGUUUCCACCUGGAUCCACCAUCAUCAUACCCUCAGCAAUCCUAUGUCAUGGCAAUGUGUCCAUCUCAUCAGGAGAAAAACACCAGUCCUGA